AUGGUCGUGCUGGGGAGAUUGUUCAGAGGAGCCCGCAUCUCCGUCGGCUGCUCAUACGCCCGUCCUUGUCUAAAAUCUUCUUGCUACUCUACGGAUGGAGAUGGUUCUCUCGUCAGGGUCUUCGAUCGCAACCUCAAGAAGAGGCAGGUACGAGUACACCGCUCGUCAAUGCUUCAGUCUGGAACUAUAUCUGCUAUGUUGAUCGUAUUGUGUCUGCGAUUUUAGUCUUCUGCACUGCACGUUUCCAGAGAGAUCGAGCCGCGUGGCUGAUGAGGGAGAAAGACCAGUUAGUGGACACCGUUGUGGAGAAUGUCCUGGACCGUUUGGAGGUAGGCGGCUGGGAGGAAGGAUUAUCUGUCGCAUAAUAUUCCCAUGUUGAUUUAUGGAGUUCUUGAUUGGUUCCUCGUUGAGGUUUUUGUUAACUGUCAUUUAUUUAUCAACCAAACUAUUACACCAGAAAUACAUAUAGACGUUGCGGUUUUUUCUUUUCUGUGAAGCAAUGAGAUUAGACUUUCCUGGACAUUGUUAACAUUUCGAGAUACGAACAUUUAUGGUCAUAGUUCUGCGAUGCCCAAAUAAUUUGUGUAGGUAAUCUAUUUAAGAGAAAUCCCGUGUUCUUUGCAUAAGACCUGAUCCCAAUUUCGUUUAUGCUAUUAAAAAAGAACCUUCGACCAUGUUUUGAGGAAUUUACGACAUAAUCUAAGGGACAAUAUUGUGGAACGUGACUUCCCAAGUUAAUGAAACAGAUAAAUGAUAGAUCAGAAUUAUCCCAAAUCAAGUCCUUAUUCAAUGUCAAGUAUAAGCCCAGUUAAGCUCAGGAUGGGAGGGAUCUGUGGUCCACCCAUCAGAAUUUCAGCCUUGGGUUAGUUUGAACUUUGGAUGCACAACAUCCAGUUCUCAAGGAAAGCAUUGUUAUUAUGCUCUCGCAUGACUUCAUCUAAUUCACUAAAUUAAUUUUCCAGGAUUGUAAGAGGUCAUUUCAUACGGCACUAUGUUUGGGAGGUUCUUUGGGAGCUGUGAGACGUCUGCUCCGUGGACGAGGUUGGUCAUUGUGGUCACUGAUGUUUUACUACACUUAUGCCCAUAAUCCUUUUAUGUAAUAAUGUUCUUCUCUCUCUCUCUCUCUCUCUCUCUCUCUCUCUCUCGCUCACUCGCUAUUCCUUAUUUCCAUCAGUAUAGUAGUUGUUUGACUUCGCAUGGGAGUUUGCUUGAAAGUACUCCAUAUGGUAUUUGUUGGAAAAUAUUUGUCUAUGGUCUGAUACAUGCAAAUGACCGUAUGCUAGAUUUAGUUAUUUUUUCUAUUCCCAGUUUCUCCCAAGUUUCCCUCACUAAUGUUUUGGCUUCUUUCUAUAUGUGCAGGUGGUCAAGUUAUAUAAUUUAUAGAAAAAGGGACCAUGACAUUUUGUGGUGUGCAUGUUUCUGUGUGUCUCUAAUAUGACACCGAAAAUAAUCUUGGUAAAAGAUCUUGACUAAAGAUAUGACAUGAUGACACCUAUGUUUAGAAAGCCUCUGCCAACUCAUUUUUCGAAGAUAAGUUUUCAAGCUAAUGGAAUAGAUGGAUUGGCAGUAGAACUGUCUCAACUUAAGUAUUAAAUCAAUAUCUGGGAUAAUCGUAGUUUCCCUUACGGGUAAGGAAUCUGUGCUUUCACCUUGCAUUGUCUAACCUUUUGGAGAAACGAUGUUUACUUCUUGGGUGUGACAUUGUUCUUACUUGUUAUGAAGGUUUUUUGAUAUUUUUGGACAAUCUUAGCGAUCUUUUGUUGAUUAUGGUACACAGCAGACAUGUAUUUGUUCCCUUUGAUCUCUGACCUCAUGCUUCAUAUUAUAGUUUCGUUAGUCCAGUCCCCUGACGGGAACUGAAUGCUUGUGCCUUUCAGAGUUUGCCCACUAUCUGAAAUUUUGUUCUCUCUUGAAGAAGUUUAUGCAAGUGUUCGCAAAUUGAUAUUUAAAGGAGAAGUUUCUCCUAUUAGAGUUAGUCUAAACGAGGAAAUAAGCAUAGCAAGUGGUCAGAAAUGAUAAAGAGCCGAAAUUGGAGAAAUGUUUUGCUAAUAAUUUGUUGUUUGAUGAUUAAUCAACGAUAUUCUUUUGAGCAGUGGGCACAGAAAAAAUUUCCCACAAGAAAAGAAUGGACAACAUCAGCAUCGAAUACAUAAUUUCCAUGCAAAUCUUCUGUAUCCAUGAUAUCUCCAGAAUUAGGCGGAUAAUAUUCAAUUUAGGGAAGAAAAAUAUUUUACAUUACACGAUAAUGUGUAAUCACUUGAUUGUCUGUCUUCUUCAUUUCUCUCUAUGUAACCUCCUUCCAUAAGUCAUUUUUGGACCAACACUUGGGCAUAUAUCAUCAUUGUCACCAAGUAGCAUCUCAUCAAUCUGGGAAUAUCUCAAGAUGUGGUUGGUAUAGUCCGACUAUUUCUGAACUUGAGUUCUGUUUGGUAACAGCAUCCAGUAAAGUGAACACUCCCAAUAAAUCUUUUAUAUUUCUGCAUUUGCAUUUGAGGUUAGUAAGCACAGCAUUUUAGAGAAUGCUACAAUUCUGCCAGACAUGUAAAUGGAUCUUCUCAGAUUGUAUGUUUGUUUUAUCAUUUUGCAUAUGGACUCUUUCGUUUUUGGGAUUUUAACGAACAUGGUGGAAAUUCAUUCGUUAGCCAACUUGCUGUCAAAUUUCAGGUUCGAUUGAAAAGCUCAUUAUGAUGGAUAUGUCUUCUGAUAUGGUUAGAAAACUCAAAGAUUCUGAAAAGGAUCUGCCUUGUGACAAUCUUGAGACAUCUUAUGUGGUUGGGGAUGAGGAAUUCCUCCCAGUUAAGGAGAAGUAAGUUUCUUUAUCAUAUUCUUGGUAAUGCAUGUAAGGAAGUCUAUUUACUUCUUGCAGUGUAAUCAGUUGUAUAGCUUAUUUUAAAGUUAUAGUUUAAUGCUAUUUAUUAAUUUAUUCGGUGAUUCAUUUGCUUUGGAAGCUCCGUCGACUUGAUAAUCAGUUGUUUGGGACUUCAUUGGACUAAUGAUCUUCCCGGAGCUAUGAUACAAGUAACUGAUUCCGACCAUUGUUCUUGCAAUCCUUCUUUGGCAUUCUCGGUAGUGAUUUAUUUCAUAUUGCUGCUUGCACGUACUUUGGGCACAUGCGUUUUUCUAAAGUAUUCUGUGUACCAAUGGCAGUGCAGAUUGGCGCUGAAGCCUGAUGGCCUGUUUUUAGCGGCUAUUCUUGGUGGAGAAACGUUAAAGUUGUUUAUUUCCCUUCAGUUUUGAAGUAGAAGCAUUUGUGAUUGAUCACGGCAUCUUACUGUUCUUCUUAUUAUCUCUUUGGAAUAAUUGUCAGGGAGCUAAGAAUAGCAUGUACAAUUGCACAAAUGGAGCGUGAGGGAGGAGUAAGUCCCCGAUUAUCUCCCCUGGCACAAGUAAGUAACUUUUUAUGAUACGGCUUUAGCUGGUUGUGAAGAUCAGAGUGAGAUUUUUUUGUAGUGCGUGGUGUACUAUGAUCAUGACAGAUCAUUGGGUUUUCUAUAUUCAUGAUAUUAAAAUAUUUCUAAUUCUUUUUUACCCAUUCCAGAUCACAGCAAAUUUUCUCAAAUAUCUUCCUUCUGCCCCCGCAUGUGUCCAAUAACACCUUACUUUAUAUUUUUAGCAGCUAAAGUUAGCUGAUCAGGAAUUCGAUUUCAUUGAUUAGCGAGUAUGUUGAUAUCGAGUUGUCCAUCGUCUUUGUUCUCUUGUUCCUGAUCAUUCUCUAGUGUUGUUAUUUUUAAUGCCCAGAAGCAUCUCCUAGACUGCCAGCAUGACUCUCCCAACAAAUUUGUAUCAGUUUAUCACAGAUAACCAGAUCCCAUAUGCAAGUGAAUACAUUAUUAUGACAUCGUGAAAGAUUGUUUUCGUUUAAUUUUGUUGGCAUGUAAUAAUGAACUACUCUUCGAUGAUCCUGAGUUAGCAUCAGAGGCUUCUCUGAGGGAUCACAAUAAAGAUUUAUAAGAAAAGAAAUCACCCUCUCGCCUCACUCCUGCUGACCACUGACUGAAGAAUAUUGCACUGCGGGUCGUUUCCUGUCCCCACCAGGGCUCUGCAUGGUCAGCCUCAUCUCCACGCCAUUAUCAAUCUAUACAAAAGGAAUCCCCCCGUUCGCUUGCCAGCACUAUUAUUAGCUGCUUCGUGUGAUCAGCGUCAUUAUCAGUAGUGCCAUUAGUCACCGCCUUCCACCCUCGUCAUGGACCAUUGAGAUUCACACGGUUGGUUUGAGAUGGGCCUGUAGGAUCCGCUUGAUCAGCCUGUUGCAGCCAAAGGGAGACAAUAACGAUCUCAACUGGUUUAGGUCUGCCUCAUUGGCCAAUGUAUGAGUAACUAAUUGGUCACUGUCUUGAAGGACUCAAAGCCUAGAUCAACUAGCUGAACAAAUACAUCACACGACGUGGUAUUUGAAUUUGUCAUCUGAAUAAUAGAAGGAUGAAACUACAGUGACUAAGCAUUGCAUUAUAAGUAACGGCCAUCAACAGGCAUGCGCGGCCCUUCCUGCAUGAGAACUUCCAUUCCAUUUUGUUCAGGUACGUGACGCAGGUAAUCUUUUAACGAGGGCUGGCUUCUCUCUUCCUGGAGUUGAUGUGGAUGAAUUUACUGUCAGAUAUGAGAGUGGUACGUACUGGCUAAACUCAGUAGAACAUUUACUCUGAUGGUGCAACAUUCUUCUCCUCAAAUUUAGCAGCUCAAACCUUCUCUGUUUCAUAGCCACUGUAUGAUCAAGCAUUUGAAUUUUAUCCGUAUCAUCAGGGAAAUAGUUGUUUGCGUGUGUGUAGUUGUUUGCCACUAUUCAGAUUUCUCAUUUUCGUUCCACUGUUCCAUUCCCACAUAAUUACAAGUCAGAUAUCAUAUUGGAAAGGUAGAAAACCAUUUUUCUCGUGGGUGCCAUUGCGCAUGGAUUUUUUUUUUUGAGUCGGUUGGUACCUCUCAAUCCCUCAGAGCACACCCCCCCAUAAACGCAUGUGAACCCUCUUCCUUAAGCGGCUGGAAACUUGAACUGAAUGAAACUACCACUUUGCGGAAGGUACCUGAUAAAGUCUCCUUCUCCCUAAAGGUUGAUAGCACUUCUAUGCUAAGAAGAAGUAUGUGAACCGCCUUCUUAAAUACUUCACACCGAAAAAUGUUCUAAUGAUUUUUACAUGAUGAAAUUUCCUAGAUUUGCCUGCGCAAUAAUUUUUUCGCGACAGAUCACUCAGCUUUCGAGUCAUUCUGUGUUCACAUGUUAGCUUUGGAGUUAAUCGAACAUCUGAGGAUGAUGGGUGAAACCAAUGCUCUUUUGCAAAGGAACAAGGUGAGGUUUCCCAAUAAAGUUUCUUUUAUUCUGACGUCGAAUCAUUGAUUCAUUUCCAAGUCCAUCGAAUUCCUAAGCUAUAUCCCAUACAUACAAAUGUCAAAUCAUCCCAACGUCGAUUCCUUCUUUGAAUGGAUGUAGACUCUGAAGAAGGAAACAGCCAUUGCUACUGCUGCAGUGUAUGAUUCAAUGUUUGCGACAGAAGAUGGGACUGUCCCAGCAACAUUUCAGGUACUGCAGUGUAUAGUUGUCACUUUGUGGAUGAUCCACACACUGGAGGACCUCAUUGCUGUGGAUCAUCGUCGAUUUGAAUCUUUCUUUCCUGAUAUGUUCCCCUCAACUGAAUCUUGGUUCUGAGGACUUGCGGCUGACGGCAUUCUGGCUGUUCAUCACAGGUGAUUUACAUGACGGGCUGGAAAGAGCACCCUUCUCAGCAGAAGUCCAAAAGGAGGGGCUCUGCUACUGUAUCGUUCCAGGACAUCCAGAAACACUUUGGGAGUGACGGCCAACCCUAG